CGGACGUCGAGGGCGUGGCAGCUAGGCUCUGGGCAGCGGGCACCUAGCAGACUGUACCCCGGCGACCGCCCGCCGCGUCUCCCCAAGCGCGGCCCCUCGCGGCGCCCCGUCUCCCGCGUAGCCCGUCCGGCCGCCCCGGCCUCUCCUUGCCUGCCUGCCUGCGGCGGCCACGCGAGCAGCUGUUUGACUUUUUGAAAAGCUGACAGAGCCAGCGUGCUCCUGAAGGCAGAAGGGUGCAGUCCAGGGGCGACCAGAAGUUGGAAGCCCCUCCUUUUUUCUUGCUCUCCUUCCUCCGUGAUGCGCGGUAGAUGCCUGGUAGACAUCUUAGAACUUUAAGAACGGAAAAGACCUGCUUUUAGGGGAUAAUGCUGAGGGACACUAUGAAAUCUUGGAAUGACAGCCAGUCAGAUCUCUGUAGCAGUGACCAAGAAGAGGAAGAAGAGAUGAUUUUUGGUGAAAAUGAAGAUGAUUUGGAAGAAAUGAUGGAUUUAAGUGAUCUGCCUACCUCACUUUUUGCUUGCAGUGUCCAUGAAGCUGUGUUUGAGGUGCCAGAGCAGAAGGAGAGAUUUGAAGCGCUUUUCACCAUCUAUGAUGACCAAGUUACGUUUCAGCUGUUUAAAAGCUUUAGAAGAGUCCGAAUAAAUUUCAGCAAACCUGAAGCAGCAGCACGGGCUCGAAUAGAACUCCACGAGACAGACUUCAAUGGGAAGAAGCUGAAGCUGUAUUUCGCACAGGUACAGAUGUCCAGCGAAACACAGGACAAAUCGUAUUUACUGCCCCCCCAGCCGGUCAAACAGUUCCUCAUCUCCCCUCCUGCGUCGCCUCCAGUGGGGUGGAAGCAGGGGGAAGACGCGAUGCCUGUUAUAAAUUAUGAUUUACUCUGUGCUGUUUCCAAAUUGGGACCAGGAGAGAAAUACGAACUUCACGCGGGAACCGAGUCGACACCGAGCGUGGUGGUUCAUGUCUGUGAAAGUGAAACUGAAGAGGAAGAGGAAACAAAAAAUCCCAAACAGAAAAUCACCCAGACAAGGCGCCCUGAACCUCUGACUGCAGGACUGAGCAAGCCCCGGGCCUUCGACUGCCCGCUGUGAGGCUUUGGUUGUGGGGCGAGGCUGCUGCCACCUGGGCUGGGGUGGUGGGGACAUGCCUGCCCGUGACUGCUGCUCAGCUGAGGCGAGGACAGGAGGGAACAGAGCGCCUGCCUUGGGGACGGGAGUACAGAGUAGCAGCCGGGUUUACCUGUUCAAAAUUUUAACUGUUGCUCUGAGCAGCACGUUAAAUUAAAGGAUUAGCCCCCAACAUGUGGCAACUCUUGACCAUUUUUAACAAUAGCAAAUUGGGAGAAUGGCUCCCUCCAGCAACGUUGAUUUCCCUGCUUCCGUAUAGCGUGGGGUACCGCAAAAUGAAAACUCUAGUCACUGAGUGCAGUACCAUUUUUAAGAACUUAAAAAUAGUCUUACAAUUUUAAUAAUGUAGUGCGGAUUUUUUUUGUAAUGGUCUAUUGGCUUCCAACUAAUCUGUUGGUAAAUGGUUAAUUGCUCUUCAAUAUACAUGGAAUUUUUUGCACAGAAAGAAACUGACAUAGAGAAUAAUUCGUAGAAAAUCAUUUUUCUCAAGUGUUUUUUCCUUAACUUUGGGGAAGAAAUACCCAAUUCCCUUUGACUGUCAGAAUCAAGGGACCCAAAUCUAUGUGCACAUUGUUCUCAUCCCGAAAGUGAUACACAGACCUCAGUUCCUGAUGUGCCAUCCCUCCCGGACACAGAGCUGUUGCUUUGGAACGCAGGACGUAUUCCUUGUGAGCUUGAUGACUGUGACCUCAGGCGGCCACUGCACUCUACCAUUUGUGACCACGUCCUGGCCUGUAGCUCGACUGUCUUCAACCACCAGUUGAGUUUUUGUUACGCAUAUUUGUGUGUCAUUAUUCUUGAAUUAGAAAAGGUCAUGAUAAGAUUUUCCAUUUUUAAAUCGUCCAUUUAAACAUUUUUCAGUUUGAUUUGAAAGAAAAGUCAUACACAUUCUUUUUCUGUGAAUUAGGGGAAGAUGGGGCAAACGGAGAUCGUUUUCUAAUUGGACUUUCUUCUGGGUGAAAUUUUUUUACCCUGGCUUCCAGUUGGCAUUUUCCCCUAAAAUAGAAGUGUUUCCUACUUGUGUUUCAGAGUGUGUCGUUGAACCUGCUAAGGUAGAAGCAGACAUCUUCUUAACUCUUUGUGGUCUGUUUGGACUUUGAGGUCCCUUUUAUAGAGAAGCAUCAAAACUAAGAAUGCUUUGCUUCAGGUCAAGUGGCUCUGCUGAUUCUCUGCUCACUCCGAGGUUUUCUUUGUAUGGCAAGUGUCUGGGGUUCCCUGGUGUGUCUGUGCAGGGACGUGUGAGUUUAGACUAAUAAACCAAUAUGGCUGCCACUACAAAGAAAGAAAAAUGCAGAAAUUCAGACUGUGCUGUCUAUACAUUUUUGGUAAUGUGUUUCUGUGGUCUAGAUGUUCUUAUUAUGGUAGAAUUUAUUUCUAAGGACAUAAACUUCAUUGCAAAAAAAAAAGAGUUUUCUAUAUUUUCCUUGCCCUCAAAUACUCUGAGAUGAUCAACUCUUCUAUUUGUACAUAUCCACCACUGGUAAGCCUCAGUGUAAAUUCAGUUGAAACUUGUGAUUCUGUAAGCAGUUUAUUAAACUCAUUAUUUGGCAGUUUAACUGGCAGCCACUUAAUAAAUUUACUUUGCAGUUCUAAAUUCAGCAUUUUGUCACUUUUUAAUCUUAUCUGGGUGUACUAACUUAUUGCAGGACGGACCCUAAGUCAGGAAAUGUAUGUAUUUUCAACAUUUGGGAAUUUUUGAAUUUCCUUUUAGAUCAUAUUUAUUUGCUAUAAUUUUCUAAGUGGUCAAAAGUCAUGAUGUUUUAUUAUCUGGCUUGGCUUUCAUGCUCUACCUUCCAAUUAAAGAAUAUUCUAUCCCUAACUUAAAACUGUCUUUUAAAGUCAAACAAUGCAAAUUACCUGAAUAUUUCCUUUUCUCUUUUCUUUCUUUUUUUCCAGUGUUGAAUAAAUUGAAGAAAAACUUAAACCAAAAUUAAAUAUAUAUUAAGUAAUAUAUAUUUUUAUUUAAAAUAUAAUUAUUUAAUAUAUAUUAAACUUUUCUGAAUGGAAAACGUUAAUAUUUUCAUUCUUUCUAGUAUAAUAUUUCCACAAAAUGAACUCUAAAAGAAAAACUAUAUGCCCAUUAACUUUUUUUUUUUUUUUUUUAAUUUUUGGCCAUGCCGCACGGCUUAUGGGGCCUUGACCAGGGAUGGAACCCGAGCCCUCAGCAGUGAAAGCACCAAGUCCUAACCACUGGAUCGCCAGGGAAUUCCCUCCCAUUGACUUUUAAAUAUUGUGAAAUCAACCAGGAUCUCCCCAGGUAUUAUGAGCUCUUUUUUUGGCUAUUUUGUAUCCAGUUCAUGUAUCCAUCUUGUGAGAGAGAAGUCUCAUGCAUCUUUUUUUUUUUUAAGUACCUUCUAAUAAGUUUAUCUACUUCUUCUUUGAAAUUGAGUCAUUGCUUAGAUUUAACUGAUAAUAUGGUAGCUAUGUUUUCUUUAGAAGUGAUAACCUCUUCUUGGGAAUCAGUUUAUGUAGACAGUUAUGAGGAAAGAAGAUAAUGUUUUUCGUUAGGAAAAAACAUUUGCGAAGGAUAAGAAAAUUGUACGACAGUAAAAAUAGUCGACAGAACCUGUAAUGCGUGGGCUAUUAUGGUCUAGGUUCUUUCAAUUUACCCACCGGAUGAAACCGGAAGUUAAUCUAUUUAAAAGUGUACCCCCGUGAGCAUCUACUAGUUUAAGGUGCUAAGAAGCAGAAGUGGUAAGAGCAGUUAGUUCCCUUGCCUUGGAGAGCUGAAAACCAGGUGAAAGCCAACUAGUCUUCUCACAUUCUCCUUCGCCAAAAUAUUAUACACUAAAACCUAUCAGUAAUUAAGAGCCAAAUAAAAGCUCCUGGGAACUUCUAAGUUCAACAUAAAGGGUUUUUUUUUUAAUUGAAGUUUAGUUGAUUUGCAGUGUUUUGUUAAUUUCUGCCAUACAGCAAAGUGAUUCAAUUAUACAUAUAUAUACAUAUUCUUUUUUAUAUUCUUUUCCGUUAUGGUUUAUCACAGAAUAUUGAAUAUAGUUCCCUGUGCUGUGCAGUAGGACCGUGUUGUUUAUAACGUAGAAGUUUAGAUAAACAUUGUGGUUUAUGGGAUGUUCAAAUCAAAGAGAUGCCAGGAGACAGAGUCAGGUUAGCACUUUCAUUCUAGAAUACGGUUGUUUGUGUUUCCCACUCACAAUAAUUCUGUCUUUUUAAAAUGUUGUGAUAUAGGGAAUUCCCUGGUGGUCCAGUGGUUAGGACUCCGUGCUUCCACUGCAGGGGGCCUGGGUUCAAUCCCUGGUCAGGGAACUAAGAUCCCGCAUGCCACACAGCAGAGCAAAAAAAAAAAAAGUUGUGAUGUAAAGUGAAAAGAUUUGAUUUCUCAGAAUCUCAAUUACAGAGCUGAAGAUGACUUUGGAAAUCAUAAUGUACUCUUCGUGUUACUCAGAUUAGAAAACAGGAGCUGUGACUUGCUGUGAAGCCCACAGAAGGCAGCCCUGGUUCUAGAAUUGGCAGUCCCAACUCCCAGGCUAGGGCCUUCCUCUAGUUUUUCUCACCUUAGCCUCUUCAAGACACUCAGAGGCAGUGAAUCCCAGUCAUAAGAAAAGAAACAAACAAACAAAAGGGAAAAAAUUCCUUUUCCCCUGAUGCGAUACAAUGAAUAAGAAAAAUCUUACCUGAUGAAAUCAGUGACUUAGUAAUUUUAAUGAAUGAAUUCAAUGUUCCAUGUUUUGUCUUUGUUGUCAUUGUACCAUUGGGUUUGGAAUCUACUUAAAUAUUGUCUUGGUAGCAAGGAAUUGUGUUGACAUUUUAUCAAUAUGUGGGCUUUCCUAGAUUUCAUAGUAAUGAGAUUAAAAUAUAAAUAGGCAUACUUGAGAUGUGAUUCUCAUGAAGCAUAAUGAGAUCUAAUAUGAUUUGAAAAGAGCUUGCAGUGGAAUGGCACGCUCACUCAGUGCUUGUAAGAUGGAGUUCUGUUAAAGAUUGAAGGCUGACCUGUGCUUCAGGUUUCUAUAUAGACUCUUACAGACCAUGGCUUCAUUUGUAAAAGGGAAAAUCGCACGCCUAAUUAAGCAUUGGAAAAUGUACAAAAUUCUUUGGUUCAUCAGGGUCACUGUCUGCUGGAUCUCUCUCUUUUCUCCACAGUUGUGUACUUCAUACCCGUCCUACAGGUGAGCUUGGUCAGUCUUUCUCUUCUUGGCACACUUGCAUUUAUAUCUUCCUGUAGGAAGGGAAAUAAAUUACUGACAAUAAGUGUGACAAUAUAAAGAAACUAAAGACUUGGAGAAGUAGUUGCCUCCUAGCUGAGGAGGUAAGUCCAUGUUGUAGAACCUCGCCUUUUAAAAGGUUAAAUAAAUUUAAAGAGUAAGAUUUGUGAACCUUGUCCAACAAUUUGAUAAAUACAUGUUCUUUAAACUUCCUUUGAAGUGGGGUCAGCCAGAACAUCUUCAUUGAAAUGCAGGUUUUUUUAAUUGCAUGGUACAGGUGAACCAGUUUGCAGGGCAGAAAGAGAGACCCAGAUGUAGAGAACAAAUGUAUGGACACCAAGGCGGGAAAGUGUGGGGGGGAUGAAUUGGGAGAUUGGGAUUGAAAUGUAUACACUGAUGUGUAUAAAAUGGAUAACUAAUAAGAAUCUGCUGUAUAAAAAAUAAAUAAAAUACAAAAAAAAUCAUGAAUCGGGGGAAAUUGUAAAAAUUUGUAGAGUGUUAUUAUUAUUACCAAAUAUACAAGCAACAAAGCCACUGAAAUUUGCAACGAGUCCUAGGUUCACUGACCAAAAAAAUUAUUAAAAUGGUCAAGUUCAAAGUAGAAGUUUCCAGCUAGGGUUAAGAACUAACCUUGGACUGAGUCAAAGUGUCUCUGUCCGUUUAAACAAAAGUUUAAAGGCCUUUUACUGAAUCAGCCACGUGGUCCGUCUUGUAAACCUGCAUUUCCUUUUGAAACAAAACCACGUUCUGCAGGCGCUUAGAACCAAGCGUAGCUUUGACUGAAUGUCCAUUCUUGCCGUAAGGGAAGAUUUAUAUCUAUGCAGCUAAUAUGUGUUUUUCUGUAUUGUUUUCUGCGUAGUCCCCGAUCUUCCUAACUCAUAUUGGGGACUGAGGAGAGAGGAAGGUGGCUAAUCCUGGUAUUGUGCCAUACUCUUCCCACUGCUUUCUCAGCCCCAGUCGGGGCGCCCGUGAUUUCAUCCGUGCUGUAUUGCGCAUAUCCUCCAAGUUUAAGAAACGUUUCUCCACCAUUUCGCUGUUCUGUUAACUGAACCCAGGAGUUGAAUUUGUUAUUUUACCUGAACACAUGUGUGAUCUUGUGUUACAUUUUGGGGCACAUUACCUUUCUGGUACUAUCGACUGUAGUGAAUAUUAUUGUACUUCAAGAAGCUGGUCAGUAAUUCACAUGUGUGUAUUCCACAUUUUAGUGUGUUUGAAGUGGCAAUUCGUAGUUUGUAGUGCUUUGUUAUUUGUCAGCUUUGGCUCUUCUGUAUUUUGAGGACAUUUAAACAUUCCUCAUCCUAUCAAGGUGAUAAAAGCAGAAUGUAAUUUGGGGGGGAGCCUUUGUGAUUAAUUGUAACAGUUUUGUUUUUAAAGCUAAUAAAGUUAGGUUUUUUUUAAUCCUUCGAACUGAGUUUUCUUAGUAUUUUCAAUAAGUAUCACAUUUAGGUAAUAACACAAAAGGCAGAAAAGUGAAAUAUUAUGUUUGAUUCUUUAACUAGAUCCCAGCUGGACAUUAGUGCUGGGUUUGUGCCCAAGUUAGAGGUGGUGCCUCACUGCUGACUCUGGUUUGCGUUCGUCAGCAAGAAAAGCUUUUACCCUGGUUUGUUCCUCAGUUAAAAAUGAUUUACUCUGGGAAUUCCCUGGCAGUCCAUUGGUUGGACUCUGCACUCUCACUGCCGAGGGCCUGGGUUCAAUCCCUGGUCCACAAGCCAUGGGGUGUGGCCCCCCCCAAAAAUUUGAUUUACUCUUGUUAAAGGCUUAUUUUCUGUCUUGGUUAAAAAAAAAAAAAGUCUCUAACUCAAAAUGUUGAAGCUAAAAAUGACUGUAGAGGUUAUCUAGUACAGUGAUUUUAUAUAUAUAUAUAUAUAUAUAUAUAUAUAUAUAUAUAUAUAUACCAGUUUUUAAGCUGUUGAACUCUGCUCUUUGUUCAGAAAAAGUCUUAUGUAAAUCACAGUGUAAAAGUGAUUACCAAAAACAAAGGUAAACAGAGCUGCUCCUUUUGAAGGGAGGCAGGGGGUGGGGAGAAUGGGGACCCACAGUCCCCUCCAGCCCGUGUGAGAGCUCAUGGAACAGUUCAGAGCACUCCACAGGGAUCUAUUUCAGUAGCCUCCACACCCCCACCCCCAUGUUCUCCACUCACACCUUUACAAGCAAACGGCCUAAGAGGCAUUGCCAGGUUUACACAUCUGGAUGGCAGGCCACCUGGGACUAAAAUCUCAGUUUCUUGCCCCUGUCCCAGGUUCUUUCUACCACACUCUCCUACUCUGUUAAACUGAAAUCCUUAAUUUUUCGGGAGAAGACGUAUCACGAUUCAGAGGUUCUUAAAAUUAUUAGUGUUUUUCUUUGUUUUUUGUUUUGUUUUGGUUUGGUUUGGUUUUUUUAUAAAUUUAUUUAUUUAUUUUUGGCUGCGUUGGGUCUUCGUUGCUGCACGCAGGCUUUCUCUAGUUGCGGCAAGCGGGGGCUACUCUUCCUUGUGGUGUGCGGGCUUCUAAUUGCUGUGGCUUCUCUUGUUGUGGAGCACGGGCUGGCUCUAGACGUGUGGGCUUCAGUAGUUGUGGCACAUAGGCUCAGUAGUUGUGGCACGUGGGCUCCAGAGCGCAGGCUCAGUAGUUGUGGCGCAUGGGCUUAGUUGCUCCGCGGCAUGUGGGAUCUUCCAAGAGCAGGGCUCGAACCCGUGUCUCCUGCAGUGGCAGGCGGAUUCCCAACCACUGUGCCACCAAGGAAGUCCCUCUUCGUUUGUUUUAAAAGAACUAAGCCAGAGUUGUUGGGGACGUUGCCAUUGUCACACAUGCUUUUCAAGCUGUGUUCUGGGGAGCGGCCUCCAGGUGGCGCUGAGCCUCCAGGUGACCGGGGCCUGGCACUCUUCACUCUAAUCUGUUGCACAUAAUGGCCUUAAAAUAAGAUCUCACUGGAGCUAAGGAUUCCUUGGCUGAAACAGCAAGUUGGAAAACCACUACAAAUAACCUAAAGGUAAAACACUCUUUUAAUGCAGGAUAGAAAAUACAAGAAUAAAGGUUUAAGUAAUUUACCUCGUAAAAUUAGACUGACUGAGAUAAAAGAUUUAAAAAGAGAAAAAAAUAAAUAAAUAAAUAAAGAGAAAAAAUAGAGUGACUUAAAAGUUAAAUUCGACAACGUGUGUAUCAGAGUCCUAUUAUCACCAAGAAACAUGUUGGAACAGAUAUGGGGAGUGAGCAGUAACCCACUAUGCUUUCAUUGAACGCAUGAAAAUAUGGUUCCAAUCUAGAAAGAAAAAAGAUUUAAAUUCUUAAGCUCAUAGGAAAGAUCUCAAAUCUUGCCAAACUUCCCCUGGUCUUCUGAGACAUAGAAGGUAUAAAUAUAAGUAAUUCAUGGAUUAGGUAUUUAAAUAGGGUGUAUCAAAAUUUGUUAUAUAUUUGGAAAAAGUUUGUGGUCUGAAAUAUUUGGAAAAGUUAAGCAGCUAUAUUGCAGUGCUUCUAGGAACUUCGUUUUUUCAUCAAGCAUGCUCUUUCUUUCUUUAUUUAUUUUUGGCUGUGUUGGGUCUUUGUUGCUGCGCGCAGGCUUUCUCUAGUUGCAGCGAGCAGGGGCUGCUCUUCAUUGCGGAGCACAGACUUUACGCGCAGGGGCUUCAGUAGUUGUGUCACGUGGGCUCAGUAGUUGUGGCUCGCGAGCUCUAGAGCGCAGGCUCAGUAGUUGUAGCGCACAGGCUUAGUUGCUCCACGGCAUGCAGGAUCUUCCCGGACCAGGGCAUGAACCCGUGUCCCCUGCAUCGGCAGGUGGACUCUCAACCACUGCGCCACCAGGGAAGCCCUAAGUAAUGCGUUUAAAUGGGGUAGCAAUAUUUUAGGAAUGUCAGAUUUUCUCCAAAUUAAUCUAUAAAUUUAGUGAAAUCUCUGUCAAAAUUCCAGCUCUAGUUUUAUAAUAAACUCAUUAAUCUUAUUCUAAAAUGUUUAUGGAAGAAUAACAAAAUAAAUAAUUAAGACAACCUUAAAAAGAAAUAAGAUGGAGAUAUGCCUUACCAAAUAUUAACCAAAAGUCAAAUGAGAUUGGUGCAGGAACUGGCAAAUAAACUAAAAAAAAAAUAAUGGACACCAGCCCAUGUACAUAUAAGAAUUUAAUAUACAAUAAAGUGGCAUCAUAAAUUUAUUUUAUUUAUUUAUUUUUGGCUGCGUUGUGUCUUCGUUGCUGUGUACGGGCUUUCUGUAGUUGCAGCUGGCGGGUCCACUCUUUGUUGCCGUGGGUGGGCUUCUCAUCGCGGUAGCUUCUCUUGUUGUGGAGCAUGGACUGUAGGCGCGCAGGCUUCAGCAGUUGUGGCUCAUGGGCUCUAGAGCACACGCUCAAGUAGUUGUGGCGCCUGGGCUUUGUUGCUCCGCGGCAUGUGGGAUCUUCCCGGACCAUGGUUCAGACCCAUGUCCCCUGCAUUGGCGGGCGGAUUCUCAUCCACUGCGCCACGAGGGAAGCCCCUAAAGUGCCAUCAUAAAAUAAAAAUGGAGAAAGGCUGGAUUGUCUAGUAAAUGGUGUUGGGGAAACUGGCUUAGCAUAUGUAGGUAAAUAAAAAUUGGUUCCCCAUCAAACACCACGUACAAAGAUGGAUUCCAGAUGAACUUAAGACCUAAAUAUAGAAUGUAAAACUGUAAAUGUAGCAGAACAAAUUGUAGGGGAAUGCCAUUGUGACCCAGACACAGGAAAAGACUUCAUACAGCUUUAAAAGCAUUGCUGUAAUGUAAGUAUAAUUUGACUACAUUGACAUGAAUGUUUUAGGUUCAGUGAAGACUGCCAUGGGCAAUGUUGACAGACAAUAGGGAGAAGAUAUUUGCAAUCCUAACAUGGGAUUAAUAAAAAUUUGGAAAUCAAAAGGAAAAGCAGCCCAAUAGGAAAACUGGCUAAAGGAUACAAACAGCAGUUGACAACAAAGGAAAAAGUGAGCCUAUGAAGUGAUACUCCAACCCAGUAAUAAGUGUAAAUUAAAACAAGAUCCCACUUUACACCUAUUGGAUUCUCAAAAAUGUAAAAAGCAGAUAACGCCAAGUCUAGCCAGAGGGUGGGGAUAUAGGAAACCUGAUAUAAUACUGGUGGGAAUGGAGACUGUUAUUCUGAAGAACUAGCUGGUAGUACUUUGUCAUAUCAAUAAGAAUAAAGUCUC